AGAAUAACGCUAAUAACCACUUAACAGAAAAGCUUAAAAAGGGUCUCCCGGGCUUCAUUUAAUUAAUAGGCAGUUAUCACUACUCGACGGAGAGCGAAUUCAAGAACACAGUUCAUGUAUUGAAAAUGCUUGUCAAAAUUAAUGACAAUGAACAGCUGGGAUGUUUUGUAAAUUUUUUUGAACUGGAACAGCAAGUUAGUCUUACGUAACGGAGCUCACGAAAAAUUGCAAAUAUUUCGUUUACUCGUGUAGAGUCAUGGUCGAAACUGCUGUUUCGAUUUACCAAUUUUCGACAAAGACUUCUGCGUUGCUCUUUGACCUGAAGGCAAGGGCGGAAAUCUCUCACUAAGGUAGGGUGGACAAUGAGCUGGACAAUUUGACACGCAAAAAAAAGAAGGUUAUCACCACAGUAGGUCAUUUCAACCAAAAGGAAUUUGACAAGACAAAAAAAAAAGGAAAGAAAAGUUUAUCACCCAAUCAUCCAAAAUACAUGUUUCAUUUCGAUUCUUAGUGAUGUAUUUCUUUCCAUCAUAAAAGACCAAACAUAGUCGGGGGACAUUUCAUAUUGUGUCCCCCUACUAUUUUGAGUAGGGGGACGCCCCCUCCCCCCCUCCCGGGACAAUACAUUUGUUAUGAUCUUUAAAGCAGUCUGCGAAAACUCGCUACUGUUUGCCUAGAGUGAAGAUCACAAUUUAUCUUUCACCAAUAUUACGAAUAGCUAUUAUGCACUUAAUGCGAAUAAAGUCGAAGGCGGUGUGCAUUGUCCCGUAAUCACUUAUACUCACUCUGUUGACUCGGGGAAAGUGUAUAUAAACAUUGCGAGCCUCGUAUACACGAGAGGUAACAUCAGACCAACUCGGUUUUUAUGGUUAGGGUUCGGAGUGUGGAUCGGAACAAACCUCCUGGGAUACGAACCCCGAACCUGCAGCUUCAAAGUUCUGAAUCUAACAUUUCUUGCACUUGACUUGUUAAUGGAGUUAUCGUAAUGUCCAAGAAGAGUUUAUUCGUCACGGUCAUUGCUGUAUUCACUUUUGGUUUAAAAGAUGGCGGAACAGCAACUCCAUCGACGGCUGAAGGUCAACUAAUCCACGACCUUUUUGACACCGGAUAUGACGUCAGAGUGAUGCCCCAACGAGACCUCGGCCAUCCCUUGGAGAUGACCAUCAACUUUUAUUUGUUUUCCAUUCUGGAUGUGGAUACUAAAAAUGGGAUCCUCAGCGGAGUUUCUUUUGUCAACAUACUGUGGCAUGAUCAGCGGUUAGUAUGGAACCCAGCUAACUACAGUAACAUUUCUGAGAUUACCGUUCCCUUGGGAUCUGCCUGGACGCCACCAAUGCAGAUCUAUAACACGGCUGGGUAUGGUCAGACCCAUACGAUCUUUCAGAAGGAUGGAAAUGUCUUAAAGAUAUUCGCUGACGGUACAGCGUACAUACAGUCUAACAUGUAUUACAAUACAAUCUGCAAUACUGUCCUGCUCGACUUCCCUUUCGAUUCACACAACUGCAGUAUUGGUUUCUUCAUAAUGGGUUACUACAGUGAUCGCAUCAAGUUAGUCCCUGGUCGCGCUUACUCACUCUUCAACUAUAAUACAGAAUGGAAGAUAAAAAAUCUUGUUUUUGUUCCACAUGACCGAAUGGACAUCGUAACUCGCAAAAAUAUAUCCUUCCUCGACGCCGUGAUGCAUCUAGAGAGAGCACCAAACUUCUACCUGCGGAUCAUCCUCUGCCCUCUUGUCCUCCUGAAUGGCCUAGCCCUUAGCACGUUCUGGAUACCCAUCAAGAGUGGCGAACGCGUCUCGGCAUCGCUUUCUCUUGUUCUCGGCAACACCGUGUUUCAGAUUAUCAUUUCUGACAUAAUGCCGAGGACUUCGGACCCGGAGUUCGAACCUCGCAUUGUCUACUUCUGCGUGUCGUCAUUCGCUCUCAUCACAGCUAUUACCGUCUGGUCAAUGCUCGUGUCAAACCUGGCUGCCAAAAAGUGGUCUUUGAGGACGUCCGCAGCGAGGCGAUUGUUCCUAGAGGUGUUGCCAGUGCUUACCUGCACAAAAUCGUUGAAGGGUUGCAGAACAAGGGCGGCUGUAAAAGAUAUUUCUAUGCAAGAUGACGAGAAACAAGAAGUGACUGCGGUACACGCCUUCGACCAUACCACAAAAGAGAAUCCGGGCGAACAACGAGGGGACGAAUCGCAGACGACAGAUAUGGAGAUCGUUGCAGAGAUGUUGGAUCGCUUUGUUAUGGUGGUAGUGUGUGCUUUGUUGAUAACUCUAGCAGUUAGCACCGAUCCUCUGAUCACCUCUACGCUUCAAGCCUUGUUUCAUUGAAGAUAAACUGAAUUCUUAAUUUAUUGACUGCAUUGCUUGGUUGGUUACAGGACAGUGGUCUCAAGCUAGUCUCGAUCUAAUGUGUACGUUCAGACUCAUAUUGGACACUUCAACCAAUAACAGGUCUGGAGUUAAGACUAGACGCCAAAAGCUCUGUCUUUGUCAAAUAGAGCCGGUCACAGUAUUGAAUCUCGUCCCACUACUCCAGAGUCUACUCGAAUUGCGAAAACCAAAGGUCUGCGCAUGCAGACUAGUCUCAAUCGGACGUUAGCAAUAGAUCUCGUAGACUAGCUAGAUCCAAAUUAUCGAUGAAUAAUACUGAUUCAUGUAUAUUAUUAUUACAUGUAUAUGUACAUGUAUGUGAGUUUAAGUAAGUAAAGUAACAAUACACUGGUA